AUGUCGCUAUUGCAUUUUGAGAUUGGGUUUGUAGGUAGCUCCGGGUUUCUCACGACUCCCACUGUUUGUAGAGGAGGGUUUGUGGAAUGUGUUCAGAAGCUCAUCGUGAGCAUUGAAGCUAUGGAUCCGAGCAUGGAGGAGUACAAGGUAUUCGAAAGCAUUGCCAAUGGCUUCUUCAGCGGAACUCGAAUAUUGUGCGAACUCGUCUUCAAUGUUUGGAAGCGUCGAGCGUACUCUUUCGAAUAUGGUAGCGAGUUCGUCCAGUGCGUGUUGAAUAUUUUUGGUCAUGUUUUUUAG